UAUCGAGCCCGUUGUUUAGCCGUUUGAGGGCGACCGUUGGGCUUCCUCCCACCACCUCGUCUCCAUCGCCGCCCCCUAAAUCCUUUACUCUUCGAAGAACCAAUCCCCCCCCCCCCCCUCCCCUCUUUCUCUCUAUCUCGGUCGGUUCUCUCCUCGGAAGGAAAAAUGUCUGGGCACGUGGAGAAUAAAGUUGAAAAUAUCCUGAACACCAUAGUGGACAGCAUUGCUGACAGUGUCCCAAAUCAAAAAUCUGUGAGAUUUUCAGAAGAGCAAAAUGCAGUCACUGCCCAGAUGAAUAAACUAUUUGGACGCCGGAAGUCUAUUCAUAAUAUUUUGGGUGGUGGAAAAUCUGCUGAUGUGUUGUUAUGGAGGAACAAGAAGAUAUCAUCAAGCGUCCUGACUGGUGCAACAGCUAUCUGGGUUCUCUUCGAGUGGCUUAAUUAUCACUUUUUAACUCUCUUAUGCUUGGCACUUGUUAUUGGAAUGCUUAUUCAGUUUCUCUGGUCCAAUGCUUCAGGCAUGCUAAGCAGGUCUCCAUCUCAAGUUCCUCGCCUUGUUUUGCCUGAUGAGCUGUUUAUGAACAUUGCUGUUUUUAUAUGUGCCGAAAUCAAUCAAUUUUUGGGAUUCAUUCAAGAUGUUGCAUGUGGAAGAAACUUGAAACACUUUCUCAUGGUCGUUGGAAGCUUGUCGGCUGCUGCUGUGAUAGGGAGCUGGUGCAAUUUCAUGACUCUUUUUUAUAUUGGAUUUGUUUGUGCUCACACUCUGCCAGUGAUUUAUGAGAAAUAUGAUGACCAAAUUGAUGAUCUUGUGUACAACCUUAUUGGGCAGCUGCAGAGUCAAUUCAGCAAGUUCGAUAAGAAUGUUCUGAGAAAAAUACCGAAGGGAAAUCUCAAGUUGAAAAAGAAUGAUUAGACUAGUCAUUCUUGCUUGCUGAUUGAUCUGACUGUAUUUUCUAAAUGCCAUUAGCUUGUUGAAAUGGGGAUUGAACCUUCUGUUUCUGCAGCGUGAAUAUUGUUAAAAAAAUUUGUGCAUAUCCAUUCUCUAUUGUAGUUUUAGCAUUCAAGAUCA